AUGGCUGUUUUGGCUAGGAAAGUCGAAAGGAGCAAUAUAACAAGAACUGAGAGCAAUAUUACAGGAAGAAGUCAACUUACCAGUGAAAAUGAUGACGAUGAUGGUAUAGAAGAAGAAGAGCUGAUCACAGGCAAUACCACAGACUUAACAAGAAGGAGAUUACGCUGCUUAAAAUCUGUUCUGAAAAGCCUACUUCUCGAUGACAGAAAAGAUGCAUUCAGUGUCGACGACCCGAAAAAGGAAUGUUCUGAAGUUGAAGAAAAAGAAGCAUAUCCUUACAUGUUGAUUUUGAAUGCUUUGAAGCCGUAUAUUCCAAAAAAGAAAGAACGAAUAGACGGGCCAUCAUUGUAUCAAACAUUGACCAGACUUCCUUGUGCAUUGGCAAUAUUCAACUAUGAUAACUAUCUCAUAGAAUCGGUUGAAGAAGCUCGCCAAAACAAGUAUGCUGUUUUUAGCUCAUUGUGUGAUAUUAAUGCUAUAACAAUGAUGUACAAGUUCAAUGGCAUCAGGUUUGCUCAAAAUAUAUCACUAUUACCUGGAACCAAGACUGCUCGCUUGCUUGGAACAAAGGAUACUGAAGAGUCUAAAAAGUCGAAAGAAACCCUCCAACAAGAAAUGCAGGGCUUGCAAGCUGAAGUUACUGGAAUAGAAAAGCAGCUGAAAGAUGCUUUGAAGAACGAAAAGAGCAGAAACUUUUCCAAGGAGAUAAAUGGAUUAAAGCUGAAAUGGAGAAAUAGCAGUCUUGAAGAAGGGAAUUGCUUAUACAAUGCAAUGAAACAACAAUCUGUAAUCGCCCAUAAAGCAGCCAUUGCUUCUGAGAACAGCAAUGAUCAGUGGUACGUUCUCCAGAAGCAUAACCAUGGGAUUGUCAAAGUGGAAGAUUGUCGGAUAAGUCUGCAGGCUAAUCUUUCUGAAGAAUUUAUUUUUUCUGGCACAGACAGUGGUUUGAAGACGAUGACAAGCACUGUUCCUCUCACGAUGAAACGGUUCAAGUUUCAUCUUGAGCUUCGCAACAAGUACAAGGCAUUGGGAAAUACCGAUGAGUGUAAAGAGGAAGCUCAGAAAAUAGUGAGCAAGUAUAGCAGUGAAGAAUCUGGCGCAAAAUCAUUUCUGCAGCUACCAUCCUCUAUGGCAAUAAAGACAGGCGAUAUAGAUAUUGGUUCAGGAUAUUAUAAUGUCCGAAGAAAGCUAGAAAAAGCAAAGAAGUCAACAGAAGGCAAAGUACUGCAAGAGAUAGAAGAUAAACUUGCAAAAUUAGAUAUGAAAUCUACCACAAGCGUCAAGCAAGCAGUGAAGAUAUAUCAACAACACGUCGAUAACCGUAUAGCAUUCAUGAAUCUCUACCAUUCCAAAAAGAGUCAGAUCGAAAAGGACAUGUGA